CUCGCCCGCCCGCCCACCGCCGCUAACCCCCGGAGGAACAGGUCCACUGAGCCGAAGACCGAACACUGGGAGCAGACGAUGCUAACGGCGCUCACCGAACAACAGUAAGGAGCCGUUAGCCGCUAGCGACAAGUGGAACCGAAGAAGAAGAAGAAGCAGAAACAGACGAAGAAGAAGAAGAGGGAGGAGGAGGCGAACUGAGAACCGUUACCGUGAUUUUUACCGACAGAGAGACGGAGGGACGGACACACGGACGGACCGGACCGGAGAAGACAACAGCUGCGGAGGCUUUGUGUGGUUUUUUACCGAGUCCAAAACCGAACGGAUCCGUGAUUUAAAUGCUUUAACGGAGCCGUGUCCCCGGUUUCAGAGAGAGCGAGAGAGAGAGAGAGAGAGAGAGAGGGAGCUGCCCAGAGAACGACAGACAUACGGACGGACCGAGGAUCCAAGGCUCCUAGAGACAGAACCAACCAGGAAAUAAAAAACACAUCCGGAUCGGAACCAACCAACAGCUCUGAGUGGAACUGAUUGAAUCUCGGUGUGUGUUGUGUGUGUGUGUUGUGUGUUUUUUUCCCCCGUGGAUCCCGGUUCCGUUAACGCGUUCAAGCUGUGUUCUCUAACCAUGGGAUGUACCCUGAGCGCAGAGGAGAGGGCGGCUCUGGACCGGAGCAAAGCCAUCGAGAAGAACCUGAAGGAGGACGGGCUGACCGCGGCCAAGGAUGUCAAACUGCUGCUGCUCGGGGCUGGAGAGUCAGGGAAAAGCACCAUCGUCAAACAGAUGAAGAUCAUCCAUGAGGACGGGUUCUCUGGUGACGAUGUGAAGCAGUACAAGCCUGUCGUCUACAGCAACACCAUCCAGUCUCUGGCCGCCAUCGUCCGCGCCAUGGACACACUGGGUCUGGAGUACGGAGACAAAGAACGCAAG